CGCGGUGGCGCUGCGUGCUGCUCCGGAGGGUCCCUCAGCCGCUCGGCUCCGCGCAGCGCCCGCGCCGCCCCCGCCCGCCGCCGCCGCCAUGUCCCGCUACCUGCGGCCCCCCAACACGUCGCUCUUCGUGCGCAACGUGGCCGACGACACGCGGUCUGAAGAUUUGCGCCGUGAGUUUGGUCGUUAUGGGCCUAUAGUUGAUGUAUACGUUCCACUUGACUUCUACACUCGUCGUCCYAGAGGAUUUGCAUAUGUUCAAUUUGAAGAUGUCCGYGAUGCUGAAGAUGCUCUCCAUAAUUUGGACCGAAAGUGGAUUUGUGGUCGGCAAAUAGAAAUCCAGUUUGCACAGGGGGAUCGGAAGACACCAAAUCAAAUGAAAGCCAAGGAAGGGAGAAACCUAUACAGUUCUUCACGUUACGAUGACUAUGACAGAUACAGGCGGUCUAGAAGUCGGAGCUAUGAAAGGAGACGGUCUAGAAGUCGUUCUUUUGAUUACAGCUAUAGGAGAUCGUAUAGCCCUAGAAACAGUAGACCUGCUGGAAGACCUCGGCGUAGCAGAAGCCAUUCGGACAAUGAUAGGUUCAAACACCGCAAUCGAUCUUUUUCAAGAUCUAAGUCCAAUUCAAGAUCACGAUCCAAGUCACAGCCCAAGAAAGAAAUGAAGGCUAAAUCACGGUCUAGGUCUGCAUCUCACACCAAAUCUAGAGGCACCUCUAAAACAGAUUCUAAAACACACUAUAAGUCCAGCUCAAGAUAUGAAAAGGAAUCGAGAAAAAAAGAACCAGCUAGAUCCAAAUCACAGUCAAGAUCACAUUCUAGAUCUAGGUCAAAAUCCAGAUCAAGGUCAUGGACUAGUCCCAAGUCCAGUGGCCACUAACAGUGUAUCCAUGUUGUUUUUAGGCAUGUAACAUUCAUUUACACACAGUUCAGUUUACUUAAAUUAUCAGGAAUAUGAUGUUGCAACAGUGCUUAAAAAAAAAAACAACAACAAAAAGAAUUGUCAGUUUUCCCUGUAGCCGACAAUGGUUAUAAUUAAAACAGUGUCGAGAAGCCACUGAGAGAGAGAGAGAGAGAGAAUGUCCACUUGGUUAAAUGUCAUGGGCAGCUACUGAUUUGAUUGUGGUGUCUCUAUGUAUAUUUUUGUAAAGACUUGCAUUUUCAAUGCUUCAAUAUUGGUGAUGACUUGAUUGAUCGUAACUUGCAACAUUGUCCUAUUGAAAAAAUGUCAUGCCCGCACAGCGACUGGUACUGGCUCGUGCCGAACGGUUAAACCAACCGUUCAGCUUGUUCUUUAAUACUAAACGUGGUAGUAAAAUGGAAAUGUGGGAGCCGUGGUGCCGGCUGCGCGCCGGGCGUUGCGGGUGUCGCGAGGCAGGUUCCUGGCUGCCGCAGGGAGCUCUGCACAGCGCUGCCGGUUCUCUUUACGCUGCCGGCUGCAGAGGCGAUGCUCGCGUGUAGCCUCCCCGGGAGAGGGGUAGUCCUGAAGCUUGUUCAGGGAGCAGGCAGGGACACACCACGUCAGGAUGGAGGCUUCGUGGCUCUUGACCUGGCUGCUAAUGCUAAACGUUGGUGCGAGGAGGGGAGACCCCUUGCAAUGGAAAAUUAAGUUCAGAUUUCAGCAGAAGAGCGACUGCGUAUUAGGUUGUGCGUACAUUUUAUGCAGUUUUUGUAUCUAUUCUAAAUUUUAGUGAGCAGUUAACCAUAAAAUUGCUUAGUUUUCCUGCUGUUAGCUACAAGUAGAUUGUUUCGAGUUGUGUGUGUACAGUAURUAAGAACUAAACUUUUAUGCCAAUGACUCCUGUGGUUAGUUGGUGUAUUCAUAGGUAUAAACCUGCAGCCAUCUCUCUUCUCGAGUACAAAGGCUUGCUGCUCCCAUCCAGAAGUACUUAGCCGAGCAAGGCUGAAUCACUUUGUCCUCAAAAUGGAUAGUGGUUUGGGGCAAGAUUUCAUUUUACUUGAACAAAGGUUUCAAGUUGGAUAUGAAUAAGAGCUGCAUCUCUAGCUAUUUAGUUUAUCACUAAUACAGUAUAAUUAGUAAAAUGAAUGUGAAAAAUAACAAAACCAGUGUGUAAUCUUACAAGUAUUUCUCUAGAAGGCAAGAUAGAUACUUUGUUAUCAAAGCGGCUUUUGGCGUUGUUUUUUCUAUUUCCCUUCAAAAGCCAGCAUCACACUUAGUGGUCCUUGUCUGUGUAGUAGCAUACAAGACCUUCGUUUAAAAACUUCCUUUUUAGAGAAAUGUCUUAGGUUUUGGUUUUACUGUUUUCCGCAGGGCCUUUGAAGAACUGCAGAUGGCUUUUAAAUACUGGCGGUGGAACGUGCUUAGGGGGUUGAUUCUAGAACCUUUGUAUAUUUGAUAGUAUUUCUAACUUUUUCUUUACUGUUUGCAGUUAAUGUUCAUGUUCUGCUAUGCAAUCAUUUAUAUGCACGUUCCUUUAAUUUUGUAGACUUUCCUGGAUGUAUAGUUUAAAAACCACAAAGUCUAUUUAAAACUGUAGCAGUAGCGUGCAGCUCUAGCAGAGGAAAGUUGUGGGAUUAAACUUUGUAUUUCCUUUCUUAUAGAGGCUUCUAAAAAGGUAUUUUUAUAUGUUCUUUUUAACAAAUAUUGUGUACUACCUUUAAAACAUCAAUGUUUUGAUCAAAAUAACUAAAGACCCAGCUUAUUUUCUGCUUGCUGUAAAUUUAGCAAACAUGCUGUAAUAAAAAAAAAAAAUGAAGGAAAUACUGAUCCACUGGAAUUAUUGUAGCUUUAGAAUUUGACUCCAGAGAAUUGCUAGGAGCAGAAUUAUGCAUCCCUUGUGGAGUAAAAUCUUUCCUAUGGUAUUUCAGUAAAGUCAGGAAUCUGUUUAUUGUUUGACAUCGGAGUAAAUAUCACUUCCUAUUUCUACGAGGGGUACUAGACAAAAUAAGACUGACAAGCAAAUGUUGUAACACCUUGAAAUUUCUCUUCCAUUGACUUUUGUUAUUGCUGGGUGGACUUCCCUGUGGUUUUAACUUGGAUAUUGCUGGCUAGGUUACAAACUGCAGUUAAAGAUUCAUAGAGAGGCUAGUUUCUAGGUGCUAGAUAGCUCCUCCUUAUCCAGAGCUGCACCACCAGUGGUUCUUCAGCAGGCUGCGAACGGGCUUUGGUGCUCAGGAGUUUGAGCUGCCUCCUGGCACUAGUGCUUGUAGAGCUUGUUCUUUUUAUGCCACUGAAUGAGAGCAAUUCUGAAGAGCACUUAAAUACUUUGAUAAAUCCAGUCUUAUCCUUUUUAUGUUGAACUGUGAUUGUCUGGUAGUUGAUUUCCCUGAAAAUGGUUUGUAACAAAGGGGAGGGGGGGGUGGAAAAAAGAACACUCCUGUUUUCCAACCUCUUUAAAUGGCAGAGGUUCAAAGCCAGGUGCUGCACCUGACGGUCUCUGGGGAGGAUGCGGAUCCAGAGCUGGGGGGUGUUGUCAGCAGCCUGCCAAGCACUGCUGUGAAUAAUGGUCACCUUUUAGGCCAGCCAGAAUUGGAGCUGGUUGGGUGGGGAGGAGGGAAGAGGACAGCGUGGCCAGGCUGAGAUUCCAGCUUGUGCCUGCAGCCUAACAGUAACAGACCUUAACUAUUUUGUCAUCGUGUCCUUAUAUUGUGUGCCUCAACAUUUAUGUAUAGCACAGUUUAAAUUUUUUGUUUUGAAAAUCCAAUUCAUUGCAAGUAUAAUGUAGUAUCUGACAGUUCUGAUGGUUCUUUCUUUCUCUCCCAGAGGUAGGACUAAACUUUGACUUGACUUGUGUAUAUGAACAAGCCAGAAAAGCCGAACACAAACCCACGAUGUUUCAAGA